AUGGCAGAGCGAUCCGCCCGCGGGGUGUCGUCCCGGAUGCGGUCUGGCAGGCGCCUCGACCGACGGACUAGCUCCCUGACCGGCAGAUGGGUGAAUGACCUCAACUCCACCACGGAGACCAACAGCGUCACUAACACGGGGGUGUCCAGCGGCGUCUACACAACGGCAGUCUCGGCCUCCGACAAUCCCAUCCGGCCAUCCCCGCUGCAGGUCAUCCAGCACCAGUGUCCCCAGCCCACCUUUGACUUCACCGUCAACUGGAACUUCAACUAUACAGCCACUCACUAUUUGGAAAACGGAGAAGAGCAGCUGAAGACAACCUGGCUGCUGCGUGCAGAGGUGGAAUCCGCAGCAGACGAUUGGGGGGCGACCAGGGUUGGCUCCAGCACCUUCUACCGCACCAAGUGA